AUGUUUGACCCUUCGGCUCCUCCUCCAACAGCAACAUGCCCCUUCUGCAUGAUCUCUUCAAUUUAUGAGCCUUUUGACCCCUUAAAUCCACCACCAUCAACAUCUUCACUCAUAAAUCCCGAGCUCGUCUCGCCCGCUUCAUUUAUUGUUCUUUCAACGCCUGUUCUCGUCGCCUUUCUCGACAUCCUACCUCUGAGCCGAGGUCAUCUUCUUCUCUGCACGCGACCACAUCGUCCCAAGCUAAGCGAUGUCACGGCUUCAGAGUCCGCUCAUCUAGGUCGUUAUCUACGUAUUCUAUCAAAAGCUAUGGCGCGAGCAACUGGUAUAGAGGAUUGGAACGUGGUGCAGAACAAUGGCGCCGCAGCAGCGCAGGUCGUGCCGCACAUGCACUUCCAUAUCAUCCCGCGACCGGAGAUAAGAGCUAGUGGACGAUUUAGUGAGAGCUUCACUAUGUUUGGAAGGGGAAAGAGGGAGGAGCUGGAUGAUGAUGAGGCAGUUGUGCUGGCAGAAGAGUUUAGGCAGAGUAUUGCUGCUGUGAUGAAGGAGGAGGAGGAAGAAGAAUCUCAAAAAGAGGAAAAGGCUAAGCUAUGA